GUAAAGACGUUGCAAUGGCAUACAACCUAUCGACACAAUGUGAUUUAACCAACUCAAAUAUGGUAUUUCUGAACCUUGCCAUGAAAAUAGACUCUUCUCUGCACCCAAACAUACAACAACAACUUAAGAACGUCGAAUUAAUAAAUGGUGUUUUCGAUUUGACUGGUAGGGAAGAAUUAAUACCGGUGGGUAGUUGCAUGGACGGAUCAAAAGUCAACACCCCGACGGAUUUCGGGGAUGUUGACAUUUUACUUGUUCCAAAGAAAUUUGUUUUGGACGAAAAGUUAUUUGACUAUGAUCCUUAUUACCCAGCAUUUCUCCAUGUAAGAGGGGAGAGGAAUCAUGCAAAAAUAUUCAAAAAGGUGAAGUUAAUUGAUGACUGUCAUGUUCCAGUUAUGGAUCUCAAAAAAAUACAGAGGAACUUCUUUCAUCUUGUUCCGUUAUUUAUUCAUGCAACAACGUCAAGCGAUGUACAUUCAAAACGUCAUACUUUUAAUGCUGUGAAAAGAUCCGGUGUAGGCUUGGAAUUCGCCAAACUUGACUUUGAUAGUUUUGAUUUGAACGGUUUUAUAGGACAGCAAGGGAAGGGUGUCGAUAAGUUAAGGAUUUUCGGGAAAUUUAUUGAUUCAACACUUGACGUUUUGUUAGAUAUUUGGGUGAAUAAAGACACAGAUACGCCAAUGCAAAGAAUAAAACGCAAGAAAUUUCAAAAAGAGUGUUCAUCGACACAUCUGAUCUCAUCUGCUAUCAAAGCAGUGGACUUCAUUACAGGAGAGUACGAAAAAGAACAAUCGGACGGCACCUCACCAAGCUGUAGUAAUUCCAAAAUCCAUUCUAUCGAAUAUGCAGAAAUCGAUCCUGAAGACGGAGUUGAAACAAUUAGGUAUAACAAUAAUUUAGAUAUAGACGGAUCUGAUGAGAGCUAUGGAGAUAACGAUAACAGCACAGCUAGUAUGCCAAUAGCAAUUGAACCUAACUUUGAUGAAGGCGACUCUGAUGACCAAACAAUGUCCUUGCCAAAAUUAUUAUCGGCAGAUCUUGUUCCAGCCUUUAAAUUUGAUGACUGGCCCAGUUCAGCAGCAGAAUGGUUAAAGAGGAAAAGACAGUGGCCAUCGAAAGAAAUAGUUCAACAAGUUGUGGAAAGUGGUUGUCAUAUUGUAGCAAAACGGCCACUCUCACCUGACCUCAACGGUUAUCCAGCAAAUGAAGACAACUCACCGGAAUCAGAUAAAACAAACAUAUCCUUUAGACUUUCCUUCUCCAAAUGCGAACUCCGUCUUGCAAAUAGUUUGAUUGAGACACAAAUAUAUUGUUGGAGAGUAUUAAAAGCCUACCAGAAAAAGUAUCUUCGCACUGAACCGAAAGUGCUUGCCUCGUAUCAUUGGAAAAAUGUCAUGUUUUGGGUCAUCGAAGAGACAGAUCCUUCGUUCUGGACGGAGGACAACGUUCUCUUUGGUGUUUGCAAAGCUUUAGACUUUAUGAUUAGAUGUCUCCGGGAAAGAUUUAUUCCAGUUUAUUUCGUAAGAAAUGAAAAUCUGAUCGCUGGGUGCAAACAUGAAGUGAUAGAAGAAGCGCUGGCAAGAGUCAUUUCAAUAAGAAAGAACCCCAUUGGAUAUCUGCAGUUAUUUAUUGAAAGCCCUCCCCUAUCCCCUCCAUAUCGAGUUAGUAGAACGACACUAGCAAUGUCAAUCGAAAAUAAAACCUCUAAAACUGAAUAUCUUUUAGAUACGAUUGCAGAUUUAGUGCGAGAAAUUCCUGAAUUAGCAACGGUAGAAGAGUUCGACUCAAGAAUACAAUACAAAGUGGUUGAGUUAUGGCAACUGAUUAAAACUAGAUUAGAAGAAAAUGAAACAUCAAACAAAUCGUCCGUAUUUUUUGGAAAUGUUGACAGGCUGUUAAAACAAAUAGUUAAUACAUUUGUUUUAGAGAAUAACAGUGUAGUGGUUGGUGACAGUAUGACAAAAAGGGUUGUAGAAACAGCAGCAAGUAUUUUACCUAUACUAGCCAAUAAAACAAGCAAGAAUGCACAUAUCAAACGAGGUGCUAUCCAAGCUGCUAUGGAGGCAGCAACAGCUAUUUGUGAGGACACGUCUGUUGAUCGCGUCAAAGUAAUUGGAGGCCUGCUGUCAGCUUUCACAUCUACUAUUGAUGACCACUUAAAAGCAAACCCUGAAUCAACCUUUUCCCGUGCUGCAAGUUCAAUUAACGAAACCGUUCAAGACAUUCUCCUGAAUGUUUCUAAAAAAUAACCAUCUACAAGCAUACCAACGGUAUAAGGAGCUGCUUUUGAGCACUUAGGUUACCUGCGCAUUUUGUUGAAAGAGAUUGGAGAA